AUGGGGGCGACGGCGAGACCACCCCCAAUCGAGCGAUUAUUCACAUGGUUAUUGUAUUCUGUUCGCUGUUAUGCGAUCGUUGUUUUCAUCUUGCCGUUGAGCUUCAUACUCGACCUGCUGUUAACUGUAAGGAACACAGUUGUAUAUGCGAUCGGUACAGCUCCCCGAGCUCAUGUGCGGAAAGUUGCAGCAAUUCAAAAACAGGUUCACGAAUGGGGAAAAGGCGAUCGCAAAAAGAAAAUGCAUCCAGUUCACUACAAUUUUUCAAAAUCAAUGCUACGACUACCUAACAAAGAUACGACCCUGAUCGACACGGGUACCCUGAUGGAUAUCCUAGAGAUUAAUCGUGAAGCUCUAACCAUUCGUGUGGAACCAAUGAUCACCAUGGGUGAGCUGUCUCGGGUGCUUAUCCCUCAAGGAUACUGCCUACCUAUUCUUCCCGGAAACAAAGAUCUCACUGUUGAAGAUGCGAUAAAUGGCCGUGGAGCAGAUGUGUCCGGCAGGAAGUACGGUUUAUUCCAACAUAUUUGCUUAUCCUACGAACUUGUGAUGCCGGACGGAAGCCUUGUGACUGCCACUAAGGACAAAAAAGGCGACGCCGAAACACAAGCGCUUUUCUUCGGUGUUCCAUGGAGUGAAGGAACUCUGGGGAUCAUGGUGGCGGCCACUCUUCGAAUAAUUCCGAUCAAACCUUUCGUGAAAAUAACCUACUUACCGGUCCGCUCAAUAGAGGUGAGUCCAUGUAUCUGCAGAUCAUCGCACAAUUGUUGUAUCCGUGAAAUUGUUGAAGCGUAA